AUGGACAAGGAGCUUAAGCUUCAGGAGAACUUAGACUUCUCAUUCAGUGGUACCACUGCAGUAGCUAUCGUACAACAGCUACAAUAUGUAUAUGCAGGGGAGACUGAAAGAAUAAAGAAGAGCAAUGGUCGUGCAUUUGCAAUGAAGGAUGAACCACAUGUACAAAGUGUGUGGCUCCCCAAUGAUUAUCAUCUCUCAGGCCUCGCAAUGGCACGGGCAUUUGGCGACUUCAAGCUUAAAGAUUAUGGACUUAUCGCCGUCCCUGACAUCUCAUACCAUCACCUAACUGUCAAUGAUCAGUUUCUUGAUCUUGCAAAUGAUGGGGUAUGGGAUGUGCUUAGUAACAAGCAAGUUGCAUCAAUUCUGUGGAUGGCAGACAAGGAAGAGGAAGCGGCAAAAACAAUUGUUAAUGCAGCUGUUGCUGCAUGGGCCAAAAGAUUUCCUACCUCAAAGGUGGAUGAUUGCACUGUCUUGUGCUGCUUUUUGCAGGAGAGGAAACAACAACACAGCCUCUUAUUACCGAAGGAAGAUAGACCACAGGCCACAGGUGCAAAAAUGCCUAUUGAAUCUGCAAACCAAAAAUUUCAUGUCUAUGAAAAGUCAGCUGCCAAAUGA